UAUGGAGAAGAGUGCAGGACUAAAACAUACCCUCCUUCAGGACCAACGUUCAAAGGGAACGUACCCACAUAUGUCAUAAAUCUUGAUUUGCCUCCCAGCAAAAGAUGGGAUAACUUGAUGCGUGACAAAAAGACAGAGCUGAAGACUGUGGUCCAGAAUAUUAAAGAUAUAGCAAAUACCUUCUUCCCCAGCGGCAAAGUUGUUGACAUAGUGGAUAAGAAAAUAGUUCACCUGACAGCCACACUUCCUUAUCCUUUCAAUGAAGAACUUAAAGGGAUUGCAAAUUCAUCUGGGAUUCCUUUGGGGGAAAUUGUUAUUUUUAACAUCUUUUAUGAAAUUUUUACUGUAUGUACGUCAAUAGUGGCAGAAGAUAAAACAGGGAAGCUGUACCAUGCCAGAAACUUGGAUUUUGGACUUUUUCUUGGGUGGGAUGUUAAAAAUAAUUCCUGGACUUUAACUCGGGAGCUGAAGCCCAUAGUGGUGAACUUGGACUUCCAGAGAAACAACAAAACAGUCUUCAAGUCUACAAAUUUUGCAGGAUACAUAGGCAUGGUAUCUGGAGUCAAACCAGACUUGUUCACUCUGACAAUGAAUGAGCGUUUCAGUCUCGAUGGUGGUUAUGUUGGAAUCUUUGAAUGGUUUCUUGGUAGAAGAGACGGUAUGUGGAUGGGCUUUCUUACAAGAACAAUACUAGAGAAUGCUACAAGUUACCAGGAUGCAAAAGACAAACUGGCAAAAACAAGACUGCUGGCUCCAGCUUACUUUAUACUGGGUGGAAAAAAAUCAGGAGAAGGGUGUGUGAUAACUCGUUCCAGGACAGCUACUCUGGAUAUCUGGGACCUUGAUAUCCAGAAGGGUACAUGGUAUGUCAUAGAAACAAACUACGAUCGCUGGAAGCCUCCACUGAUCUUGGAUAAUCGUAGAACGCCUGCAAUGAAAUGCCUGAAUCAGACAACUCAAGAGAACCUCUCCUUACCAGCAAUUUAUGAUGUUCUCUCUACAAAGCCUGUCCUCAAUAAGCUGACUGUGUGCACAACGCUGAUGGAGGUGGAUAAUGGUCAUACAGAGACUUACCUGCGGGAGUGCCCAGAUCCCUGUAGUCCUUGGUAGUGCUCUACCUUUCCUAUGUUGGAAGCUGCUUGUCAGAGUUGGAGGUCAUCCAAGAAAAAAUAAUUCUGGAAAAAGAUUCCUCAGUCUAACUCCUCUCUUCAGAAAUCUAAUGGCUAUAUAGAAAUGUCAAUGAGCUUCUAACAGUGGAGGACCCACUCUGACAGAGGACUUUCUUGCUUUCUGACCAGCAGUUCUGCUGACAAGAAGUGUAUGCUAAUGAAUGUCUGGUUUGAUUUCAGCCAUUUCUGGCAAAUGAGUUCAGCAGCUGGCUCUAGAUCUCUUCAGUCUCGGCAGUAGUCUUGGUUUGGUUUGUUGUUGGCUUGUGGGUUUGUUACUUUUUGUUGUUGUUUGGUUGGGUUUUUUUAGAUUAUGAUACUUGUAAAGCACAUAUGAGUUAAAAU